CUUUCCCGCCCCCCAACCCAGGCCUUGCCCUCUCCAGCCUCUGCAGGAAGUGGGCUGGCCCUGGGGUUUACUCUUUGCUGUCCCCAUCAGUCUGCUACCUGGGCCACCAGAGCAGGAACAGGGCCCUGGGGAGAUGGCUGUGGUCCCAGCAGCGGAGAGAACUGGAGAGAAGCUGCCGCAGCCCUAUGUCUCAGCCAGGGCUCCUUUCCCCAGCCCCUACCUGUGGAUGUGAUGGCGGCUCCUGCUCUGUCCUGGUGUCUGUCCGUCCUCAUCUUCCUCCUGUCCCUGGACAUCCCUCAGGUGUCCACAGCAGUGAAUGGAGAUACGUCAUCUGGGGCGAGAGGCAGGAAGGAGGAAGGCAGGGGCUAUGGGACCAGAGAUCAGCAGAGACGUCCAAGCUCACAUGCUUUUACGACUCAAAAGCCAACAUCUCCUGUGUGUGGAGCAAGGAUGGGGGCCUGCAGAACACACCCUGCCAGAUCUGUGCCCAGUCUUAUAUACGUUCCAAGAAUGUAUCCUGUGAGCUGAGCUCAGUGGGGCCGGCAUCCUGGGCCUGCAACCUGCUCUUUGGACCCCCAAAUUCUCAGAAAAUGACCUCAGUGGACAUCGUCAACAUAAGUGUGACAUGCCUCGAAGGGAAGAAGUGGAAGAUGGUAAUGACCCAGGACUUCAAGCCCUUUAAUAACCUUCGCCUGAUGGCCCCUGACUCCCUCCAAGUCGCCCACAUAGGGACUGACAGAUGCAACAUAACCUGGAACGUCUCCCAGUCCUCCCACUACAUUGAAAGAUCCCUGGAGUUUGAGGCCCGGACCAGGUCUUCAGGCCGUACCUGGGAGGAGGCCCCUCUGCUGAUCCUCAAGCAGAACCAGCAAUGGAUCUGCCUGGAGAACCUCCAUCCAAAUACCCCGUAUGAGCUUCAAGUGCGGGUCAGGCCUCAGCAAGACAACCCUGCGACUUGGAGCCCCUGGAGCCAGGCCCUGGCCUUCAAGACGAGGCCGGCAGCCUGGGGGAAGAACCUGGCCUACCCUUCGUUGGAUCACCUCAUGGUGGGCCUCGGUGGUGCCUUUGGCUUCAUCUUCUUAGUCUACCUGCUGGCCAACUGCCGGUACCUCGGGCCCUGGUUGAAGAAAAUUCUGAAGUGUCACAUCCCAGACCCCUCAGAGUUCUUUUCCAAGCUGAGCUCAGAGCACGGAGGAGAUUUCCAGAAGUGGCUGUCGUCGCCCUUCCCCUCGUCCUCCUUCAGCCCCAGCGGCCCGGCGCCUGAGAUCUCCCCGCUGGAGGUGCUGGACAGGGAUACCAAGGCCAUGCAGCUGCUCCUGCUGCAGCAGGACAAGGAGCCCUCACUGUCCCUUGAGACGAGCGGCCACUCGCUGACCAGCUGCUUCACCAACCAAGGCUACUUCUUCUUCCACCUCCCGGAUGCUCUGGAGAUCGAGUCCUGCCAGGUGUACUUCACCUAUGACCCCUGCACUGAGGAGCCUGAGGAGGGUGGGCCUGGGGCACCCGAGGGGUCUCUCCUCCCACUCCUGCCGCCUCCGCCAGGAGAGGAGCAUGCGUACUGCACCUUCCCCCCGGGGGAAGACCUGUUGCUCUUCUCCCCCAGUCUCCUCAUUGGCGCGAGCCCCCCAAACACUGCCCUGGGGGGCACUGGGGCCAGUGAAGAAAGGCUGGCCCCCUCCCUGCAGGAGGGAGUCCCCAGAGACUGGGCCUCCCAGCUCCUGGGGCCUUCCACUCCGGGAGCUCCUGACCUGGUGGAUUUCCAGUCACCCCUGGAGAAUGCACUGGGAGAAGCAGGAGAGGAGGUCCCUGCCCCCGGCCCCAGGGAGGGGGUCAGCUUCCCCUGGGCCCGGCCUCCCGGGCAAGGCCAGGUCAGGGCCCCCACCUCUUCCCUGACCCUGAACACCGAUGCCUACUUGUCCCUCCAAGAGCUCCAGGAUCAGGACCCAGCUCACUCUGUGUAGACAGACGGCCAGGGGUGGGAGGCAGGUGACUGUCCACUGUUGCUCCAGACCCACUUGAGGAUUCUGUCCUCAACGCUUGUCCACAGCUGCGACACUUGGUGUUCAGCUGCCCCGUGGAUAUCUCCACCAGAUGGCCCCCACCUGGCCCUGCACCCUUGGCAGUUCACUUCCAUACCUCUAUCGCUGCUCCCUGGUCCUACUGCCCAAGUCAGAAACUGCAGGCGGGGGCAGUUUGACUCCCUCCAUCAAUCAUGGGGUCCCCUGGGUUUUGCCUCUGAAACCUGUCUCCUCUCCAGCCUGCAGCUGCUCCUCAGGGAGAGUUCUCGAGGUUCUCCAGGGCUCUGCACUCCACCCUCCUCACUGGGUGUCCUGCCCAGUAUCACCCCCUUUCACCCCACCUCCACAGCGCAGCCAGAGUGCUAGUUCCAAAACUCAGUUAUGCUGCCUUUGUUUAAAACCCUGCCGUGACUCUCCAUUGCCCUCACCCCACUUCUUGGCCUGGCCCUCACCUGUCUAGCAUCACGCUGGGUCAUUCCCUUCUGGAACCCUAUCCAAAGUCCUUCUGAGCCCCCUGGAGCCCCCUCAUGCUCCCAUACCUUUGCACAUGCCGUUCUCUAUGCCUGUGGUGCGCUCUCCUUUCUCAUCUAGGUGAUAAAUUCCCCUUAACCUUCUGUGAGUUCAGCUUCCCCUGGAGGGAACACUGCUUCCCUUAAUGUGCCCAGGCCUUGACAUUCAGUGCUCGAGGGAUACGCUCUCAGGGUCACAGGGCAGCUGGACAAAGUGGCCCUGUCACUACCCCUUGGCAUCUCUCAUGACCUCUGAAUGCUUGGUCACCACAUCUUGAGUGCUGUGGUCCAGGUAUGGACACAAAUCCCCCAGUAAAGUGGAUCCUUCCACACGGCUUCACUGUCAUAAGGCAUGCUGAUGGAAAGAAACCCUUCUGGUGGCAGGUCCUCAUGCUGUCGCAGGGAGCCCACUCCUGGGCUCCUUCUACUCUACCCUCCCCUGCAGGGGUCUCUUCCAUAGUCCAGGGGCUGGCACACCUCCUCCAGAAGGGCAGCUCACUGCACUUUGACAAAGUGUACUUGGCAUCCCAUCAUGUUUCCCCGGAUGAUUAAUAAACUAUCUGGCACCACCUUGCCUGGGCUCCUUGUGCCCAGCUUCUUUCUCGCAGGGGGCACCAUGCACCUCACAGGCGCACCCUGGACUCCUUGACCCUUCUGAGGUCAAGCCUCACGCCCACUAGACUACAGCACACUGGCUCAUGCAAGAGACUCAUCCCCUCACAUGGCAGUCCUCCCUCUCCCACCCCUGCUCGGGGAUCCCCAGCACCCCUCCACUUCUUUUCCCGCUAUCCCUAGCACUGAUCACACACACCUGUGAUGUCUGCCACACCUUAGCUCCUUAACUAGGAGUCUUAAAAAAGCACUGACCUCACUCUUUACAACUAAUUGAGCCAGAAGUGUGCAGUCCCUGAAUUUAUAGGCCCUGCUCUCAGCCGAUUGGGCACUUGACACAAGCCCACCCACAGCCUGACCCGCAAACUAUGAGGUGGCUUAGAACAGAAGCUCUGUCCAAUCAGGGAAGCUGGGCCUGAGCUGACCAAUCAGAUUUCUCUCAGGGGAGGGAGGCCCUGGGGAGCAGGUGCAAGUGGAGAUGGCAGAGGGGAAAACUUCAAGAGGGUUUGAGCCCCUGCUCCUGAUACAGAGAUUGCUGGUGCAGAGGGGGCUACUGGCAGUUCACUCAGGAUUCCUGUUUCUCUUAUGUCCAAAAUAAACUCCCUUUUACUGAGGUGGCCUGAGUCUUGGAUACUAACCACGGAAUAGCUUAAUUACCCGGAGGUCUCACUUUCCACGUCCUGCCAUACAUGACCUCUGUUCUGGCUGCAAGUAUCGUCAGUCCUGGCCUGAGCCUUAGACCCCAGACCUUUGCUGUGUGUCGUGGGGUAAACUAGGCAACCUCUUUGCAAGUGAAUUCCACUUUGCAGAGUUCUUGGAAAGGUUUGCAUUACUCAAGCCCUCGUCAUUUGUGUCAUAUAUACAUAAAUGAUUUGUAUGCAUCAUCUUUGUUUUUGUGUACUUAAUAUUUUUCUUUAAGUCGUCACUUUUUUUGUUCAAAAACUUUAAUUUAAAGAAAAAUCUUUAUAUUGCUUCUGUAAAUGGAAAGACUGAUAUUCACUAUCA